AUGGUCAUCAAAGUAGGAAUCAUCGGUCUCAGUUCCGUUACCACCAAUGUCUCCGCCAGUCCAGGAGACAGUUGGGCCGCAAGCGCCCAUCUAUCAUACCUACUUGCCUCACCACACUACGAGAUAGUAGCCCUCUGCAACUCGAGCGUCGAGUCAGCGCAAAUAGCGGCUCAACGCUACGGCCUACCAUCUAACACCAAGGCAUACGGUAAUCCCGAGGACCUCGCCAAAGACCCCAAUGUCGACCUGGUAGUCUGCUCCGUCCGUGUAGACAGACACCACCAGCUAAUGAUGCCGGUCAUCGAAGCAGGCAAGGACGUCUACGUCGAAUGGCCGCUAGCAUCCAACCUCACCCAAGCCACAGAAAUGUACCACGCAGCCCAGAAAAGCGGUAGCAAAACCAUCGUCGGCCUACAAGCACGCUCAAGCCCCUUUGUCCAAAAGAUCAAAGAGCUAGUAGAGAACAAAACCGUCGGAGACCUCCUCAGCUCAACCCUAGAAUUCACUGUCGGCUGGGCAGGUGACGCCGAGCCCCCGGCAGCCGACUACUUCGCCAAGAAAGAAAGCGGUGGGAACUUUCUUACCAUCCCCUUUGGACAUACCGCAGAUCCCGUGUUCCACGCGUUAGGCGGCCUAGAAGAAGUUUCCGCGCUCUUGACUACACGCUGGCCGAAAACCAAGUUCCUCAAAGCAGAUGGAAGUUUCGAUCGCAUGAUUGAGCGCGAGACGCCUGAUCACGUUAUGUUGCAGGGUACUCUUAAGAAUAACGGUGCACCCAUCUCCAUGGCGGCGAGGAAUGGCCAGGGGUUCAAAGAUUCCCCGAACCUUGUCUGGAGAAUUUUCGGGACCAAGGGCGAGAUUCGUUUGACGUCUGUGGCGAUGCUCAGUCUCGCGCUUGGUGGGGAGAAGCUUGAGGUGUUUGAUCAUGAAAAGGACACAGUAGAAGUGGUAGAAGUGGAGUAUGCUGAGGAAGUGAAGGACUUGGCUCCUUUUGCGAAGAACAUCGGUAUGUUGUAUGAGGGCUUUUUCAAGGGAUGGGGUGUGGAGCAUGGAUUUGUGGACUUUGAACAGGCGGUUGGUAUGCAUACCGUUAUUGAUCGUAUGGAGAAGAGCAGCGAGGGCAGGAAGUACGAGAAGAUGACGUUGUAA